UCUGUAACAGUUUGAGUGACAAGCACUGUAGCUGUAGUGGGGGAAGGGGUAGCUGAAGUUGACGGAACCGCCAUCUUGAAAAGUGCCCUCGGAUGAUCUACCUUUUCGCGCCUAUCAGAAUCGGUUUUAAACGCUUUAUUUUCCUUACCGGAAUUUCGUGUUAUCUCGAUGUUCGUUUUGUUAAGGCCGGAGGCUAAUGGCAAGAUAAGCUACCUGCUGGAGAGUCGCCGUUUACCGUUUUCUGUCGGAACAAUCGACUUCAAACGUGGCGGGUGUGUUGCUGCAGACCCAAGUGCAGUGUCGCGUUUGGUGCAAUUUGAAGCGCAACAUGUUCAGAAUUAAUAAAUGUGAUAGAAAACAGCUCUGAGUGGAUCUCUGCAGGGAGCGCUCACUGGGGCACAGCGAAACUGCUCAUGCAGGCAAGGCUUAUGCUGCUCUGCAACAGCGAGACCGAGGUGUUUGCUGUUGAACUACUGUAUGUGUGCUGUUUAUCAGUCCUUCCAUCACCGCUGUCUGCCUGCCUGUCUGUUCUUCCGGCUAGCCUGGAAUGGGCCACAACUCCCAAAGACUAGAACACACUUCUUCAUAACCUGAGCUCUGCCGUCUGCACAACAUACUCACAGAAGUCACCAUGUUUUGGAAGUUCGACCUCCACACCACAUCCCACAUUGACACGCUAUUAGAGAAGGAGGAUGUGACGCUGACCGAGGUGAUGGAUGAGGACGAUGUCCUGCAGGAGUGCAAGGCCCAGAACCAUAAACUGGUUGACUUCCUGCUGAGACCACAGUGCAUGGAGGACCUGGUCACCUUCAUCACACAGGAACCCAAUACUGAUGUUGAGGAGAAGGUUAAAUACAAGUAUCCCAAUAUAUCAUGUGAACUGCUUACAUCAGAUGUCAGCCAGAUCAAUGACAGGCUAGGGGAAGAUGAAAAACUGCUGAUGAAACUGUACGGCUUCCUUCAGAAUGAGCCACCUCUCAACCCGCUCCUGGCCAGUUUCUUCUCCAAGGUCUUGUCCAUUCUUAUAGGACGCAAGCCUGAACAGAUAGUGGAUUUUCUGCGGAAGCAGGAGGACUUUGUAGACUUGAUGAUCAAACACAUCGGGACAUCUGCCAUCAUGGAUCUGCUGCUCAGAAUGCUCACCUGCAUUGAACCACAACAGCUACGACAGGAUGUUCUCAGCUGGCUGAAUGAGGAGAAAGUGAUUCAGAGACUGGUGGACAUGGUACAACCUUCUCAAGAUGAGGAUAGACACUCCAAUGCCUCCCAGUCACUGUGUGAGAUCAUCCGACUGAGCAGAGACCAGAUGUUCCAGGUCCAGGGCUGCUCGGAGCCUGACCCACUUCUGGCCACACUUGAAAAACAGGAAACGGUGGAGCAGCUGCUGUCAAAUAUCUUUGACAAGGAGAAGAAUGAAUCUGCAAUUGUCAGUGUUAUCCAGAUCCUCCUCACGUUGUUUGAGACAAGGAGACCAGCGUUUGAGGGUCAUAUGGAGUGCCCCCCUGGGAUGUCCCACCCUUCAUUCUCCGUCAACCACAGCAUACUGGAGGCUGUGAGACCCCGACUCAAAGAUUUUCACCAGCUGCUACUGGAACCCCCAAAGAGGAAUGUGAUGAAGACAACGUGGGGGGUCCUGGACCCUCCUGUGGGCAACACCAGGCUCAAUGUGGUCAGACUUGUGGCCAGUCUGUUGCAGAGCAACACACACAGCAUAAACACAGAGCUCAUUAACCUCAACACACUGGGAGUCAUACUAGAUAUGUAUUUCAAAUACAUCUGGAACAACUUCCUCCACAUUCAAGUGGAGAUCUGCACAGCCAUGAUUCUGGCUAUGCCCCCCGCCCCUUCUGAGACCCAGCCAGACACAGAGCAAGAACAUGCAAGGGAGAGCAUUCUCAUCAAAAAUCUGUUUCAAAAGUGCCAGUUUAUACAGAGAAUCGUAGAUGCCUGGAGCUCCAAUGAGAAAGAACAGGCAGAAGGUGGUCGGCGACGAGGCUACAUGGGUCACCUCACCAGAAUAGCCAACUCUAUAGUUCAUAACUGUGACAAAGGCCCGAAUGGACCACAGAUACAACAGCUCAUUUCUGAGCUUCCCUCAGAGGACCGAGAGAAAUGGGAGGCCUUUAUUUCUGGGCAGCUGGCUGACACAAACAAGAGAAACACUGUUGACCUGGUGAAUACACACCACAUCCAUUCUUCCAGUGAUGAUGAGGUGGACUUUAAAGACAGUGGCUUUCACCAGGACUCUUCUCUACAGCAAGCCUUUUCUGAUUAUCAGAUGCAACAAAUGACGUCCAAUUUUAUUGAGCAGUUCGGCUUCAAUGACGAAGAGUUUGCUGAUCAGGACGAUGUUGUGGAUAUUCCAUUUGAUAGAAUAUCAGACAUCAAUUUUUCACUGAAUACAAAUGAAAGUGCGAAUAUAGCUUUGUUUGAGGCACGAUGUAAGGAGAAAAUUCAGCAGUUUGAAGAUGCUGGUUCAGAUGAGGAGGAUAUCUGGGAUGAGAAAGAUGUCACCUUCGCUCCAGAGGCACAGAGACGCACCAGGAGCUCAGGGAGCACAGACAGUGAAGAAAGCACAGACUCUGAGGAGGAGGAUGUGAAGCGGGAUCCAUUUGAAGCUUCCAACCCCACCACCGAUGACAGAAUGGAAGUCGACGCAGGUUGGUGUACCGAGUACUACAUAUCAACCCAAGGACAGAGCAAUAACAAAUGGACCCAAAGGCCAGUAUGGACGGCCAACUUUGAUGACAUCCCCAUGGACACAGGUACAUCCACAGCUCCAAGCUCCAGUCCCAACAACCCUGCUGCCUCCUCCCCCUUAUCCUCAUCCCCUUCCACAGAAGCUCUCCCCGAAGCAACAUGGAGCUCUUCUUCUGCUGCCACCUCCAACUCCGAAACAGGCUGGGCUGAUUUCUCCAACUUCACCCCUGUCAGCCCUAAAGACCCUCUGAGGUGCAACUCUCCUGUUGCUAUGGAAACCAGCAUAGAGACAAUAGACCCUCUGGGAGUCAAUGCACCCAUGCAGCCUGAAGACUGUGAUGGCUGGUUGGGCACCAGUGUGGCUUCUCUCUCCUCCACCUCACCUAAGGAUUGUGGGAGAUCAAAAGCAGAGGAAGAAAUGGCCUGUUGCGAGCAGCGCAGCAUCACUGAGACAGUCAUCAAUGGCUCCAUGAAAGAAACUGUCAGCCUCACUGUUGACGCCAAGACUGAGACCGCUGUCUUCAAGAGUGAUGAGGAGAAGAGUGCUUCUUCAGAGAAGUUCUCAGUAGUGGAGUGUGUGGAUUCGGAGAGAGCGGGCUUCAACAGCUCAGCGUUAGCCUGCUGUCCCAAAACAGGCAGUGAGAAGUGUCGGUCCACGGUGGAGCUUCUCAACGGCCCUCUAGAGGAAAUGUCAGCCAUAGAGGAGGCCAAACUGGACCAGAGUUCCGUGCCCUCAGAGCCAGCAGUAAAUGGGCCAGCAUGAGGGUUGCCAGUGCCAGCCAAUGGCCAGCCUGUUCUGCCAUGCAGGGCCCUCCUCCUGGCCAGCCAUCGGAGGCUACUGCUCAGAGCUGUACCAAUCACACGCCCCCACCAGGACCAGCAAUACUCCCAUCGGCUUAUCACUGACAGGCAAACGGAAGGGUGUACAGACACACGAUAAACUGAAAAGCAAAAUGAGAGACAUACUCAAAUGGAUACAGAAUAAUUUUUUUCUGCAUUUGUUUAUAUACUAUUGUUCUUAUGAGGCGAUGUGCAACUGAUAUCUUGCCACUCAAAAUUAAAUAGUGAUGUUGCUAUAGUUAAAGAAAUGAUUGUAUGAAUAAAAUAUUUUAUAAAAGAAACAUGUAUACAGAAACAUAAGAUGAAUUAAGACAGAAACGGGAGUAGCUGAUUGGUGACCCAACCAACCACCAAACUUGUUACUGGCUGGAUCUGUCUGACACAAUACAGCAGUUGCUAUAUUUAAAAUUCUCACCCACCAUCGGUCUGUCUCUGAGCGAAGCUGCUCCUACGAAACGAAACACAUUUUAAAAACCACACUUAAAGUUUUAUUUUCCUGCAGGUAUUAUUUGUAAAUGUUUUUCUCUUGUAUUCUUCAUCAAGUAAGAUUUAAUAAGCAUUUUUUGGAAUCGUUUUUAUUUUUAAAAUGGAAGUAAGAUGAUGGUUGUGUGUUGAUGCUAAAGGGUCAUACCAAUGUGACCUCUCCCCUUCUAGCAGACUACAUUCGUGUUAACUAGGUUCCUACCUCCCAGCUAGAAGGCUAAACGGGAGAGGUACAUGAUGUCAUCACCCCAGUCUAAACUGGGAGCAGUAUAAUUAUGCUGAGCUUCUUUAGUAACAACAAAACUUUUUUUCAGAAACACAGUCCUCUUCUUUUGCCUUUUUAUACCAGUGGUUCUAAACUUGGGGGGGGGGGAUCCUUUUUGUUGCAUUCACAUUUAGAAAAUUCAAUUGCAGUGUUGAACACUGAUUUAUGUAGCUACAGCAUUUAGUUAGGGGAGUGAAAGGGCUGUUAAAACUACACGCAGGAACGUGAAAUGAAAUACAUUUAGCAAAUGAGUUAUGCUCUGCCAGAUUCGCCAGCCUUGUAGAGCCAGGUGUGAUUAAGUCAUUUAUUGAUGAAAAUUUAUACCCAAAGAGAACUAGUUAGAAAAUUUAGAGCCCUGGAGUGGCCAUAGAAAUCGGAAAAUAAAGUCGUCCCCACAUUUUGAUUAAUUUGUGUGUAGAUACAGGUUCCCAUUACUCAACACUCAGAUAAUAGAGAAAUUUAGAAAGUCUGACAUUUAAGGAAUUCCUGCGCAGGAGACUGAUGAACACUACUGUGUAAACAACAUCUUUCUUGUCAAGGUGGUGGUGGCAAAUCAGCGGUACGUAUACAGGGGGCUCAGGCAAAACAAGUGAGGGUGAAGAAGUUGAACGUGGCUCAACGUACGCGGUAACACAUUGACAUCUGACAAGACACGGUUAGCCAAUCAUAUCAGUGCAUCAAGGGCUUCCUGCUGUCCAUUCUGCAUUAUAUUUUGUCUUCUCAGCAGUAACCAAAGCAACAACCCCACUCUAGACCCUUUGCUUUGCAGUGAUGUUUAAUCCAAGAAUCCAAUUUGAGUAAAGCAUCUGAGUGGAAAGUGUUUUUAGUGCUGUUGUCAGUCUAAACACACCCUUGUUCAACCCUUUUCUUUGAAUCACCACCUCUACUUGAAAUUCCGCCUUCACGAGGUGUUGGAUUGACUUGGUUGUGUUCAUACAUAUUGUAGUUGCCUCUGUAUAAAUGGCCUUUGUGCUUUGGUUUGGUCUUCACUAGUUCCUGAUUUAAAAAGAAAAGAAAAAAAAAAAGUCUGGCCUUUAAGCUGCCAGAUGCUUAACUUUUUCUUCACAUUGUAAAGGACCAAUUGUUGCGAUGGGCCAAUUGUUAGUCUACUGGGAAAAAAUACAAAAAUGAAGAUCAGCUGUUGCAGCAUUUCUGCUGAAUAUCCGUCCACUUAGGUUAAUGUUUGGCACUAAUCCCUAAAUAGACCUGUUACCGGUACGUCUACAUGUAGCAGGAAGUUAAAUGAUUUACAUGUUUGUAGAAACGACUCAUCUGCAGGCUUCCUUCCCACUUGUUUCCCCUCACUAAAUGUCUUUGCAUCCCAUGACUCACUGGUUGGGAUUUGUUGAAAUGUACCAGCAUUGGGAAGGGAAGAAGCUAUUACCGAUGAAAAUAUAAUUUACUCCACCUUGUUUUGUCAGAUUGAUUAAAUUUUUAUCUUCAUUUCUGAA